AUGGCUGAUCUAUUGUCUAAGUAUGGUGGGAAGAACUUCCAAUCGCUACCAACCCCUUCUUUUGUAAUACAGGAGGACAAGUUUAACAAGAAUUGUAAGACCAUGUUGAGCAGCGUGCAUGACCUUGGUGUAUCUAGUGGCAAAGAAAUCCGUUUCCGUGCGCAUGUCAAGACUCAUAAGACUGCCCAGGGUACUUUUAAACAGCUAGGCUUUGAUUUACCAGCUAGUAAAACGACUUCUAAUGCAAUCCUAAUCUCUACUAUUCGGGAAGCUCAUGGAUUAUUAGACUAUCAGGAAUCAAUUGGUAAAGAAUACAUCAAGGAUAUCUGCUACAGUCUUCCAGCAUGUGUUUUACCCAUCUUGGAACAACUGAGUAUCUUGACAAGAAGGGUAGAGCAUGUGAGGAUAUUUGUGGAUAAUGUGGAACACUUGGACAACCUAGUUAGAUUUGGUAAACCUGCUAAUCGUCAGAAAUGGUCUGUAUUUAUCAAAGUAGACAUGGGUACACAUAGAGCAGGUUUAGUUGCUGAUAGCGCCGAAUUUUUAGAACUUCUACAAAAGACACUAUCACCAGAAGUUACGGAAGUAGUUGAAUUGUAUGGAUUUUAUGCCCAUGCAGGUCACAGUUAUUCUUCAAGCUCUAUGGAAGAUGCUCACAAGUAUCUGAUUGAUGAAAUCAAAGCCGUCAAUGAUGCCGUCCAAUUGUUGGGUCAACAUGCACCUUCAUUAGAUCUUUCAAAACUGGUAUUGUCCGUAGGUGCUACACCCACUUCCAAUUCUUUAAGAAUGGCAGACGAACCUGCUUUGACAAGUCUUAUCAAGACAGAUCUCGUAGGUUCUCUUGAAAUUCACUGCGGUAACUACUGUGUCUAUGAUCUACAGCAAUUAUCAACAGGAUGUAUCAGAGACCAUGACAUUUCAGGAUUUGUCCUUUCGACAGUCGUUUCCUCAUAUCAAGCAAGAAAUGAAGUUUUAACAGAUACUGGUGUUAUGUCCCUGACUAGAGAGGCAUCUAGGUUCCCAGGACAUGGUCUAUGUGUGAAAUUAGAGGAUAUUCUUUAUAAAGAACCAUUUUCCCACCACUGGUACGUGGCCAGAGUCUCACAGGAGCAUGGUAUACUGAAGCCCUACGGGGACUCUAGUUCUAACACAAAGGACGUCAAGAUCGGAAGUAAAAUGGCUGUCUUACCGCAACAUGCCUGCAUCGUUAUGGCUCAAUUCCCCUACUACUUCGUAGUAGAUUCACAAGGGAUCGUGACUGACUUAUGGACACCUUACCAAAAAUGGUAG